GGCCAAGCGAACCUCAUGGGAACAGCUAGUAAGCUAAUAACCCAGAUCGCGUGCCACGGCGCGGGGCGGCUCUACCUGUGUCUGUCGGGCGCGGGCUGCGUGUACUCGUGGGGCUGCGGGGACGACGGGCGGCUGGGGCUGGGGGACACGGCCCCGCGCGACGCCGCCACGCCCGUGCUGGGGCUGCAGCCGCACGAGGCCAUGGUGGUCAUCGCUGGACCUGCUACCAGUGCCGUGAUAAGCACGCGGGGCGCGCUCUACACGUGGGGCCGCGGCGCGCACUGCCUCACGCCGCAGCUCGUGUCGCUCAACACCGCGCACGCCGUGGACCGCGUCGUGGACGUGGCACUGGGUAUGUUACCUGAUGGUCCGUAGUGUGCACGCGGGGCGCGCUCUACACGUGGGGCCGCGGCGCGCACUGCCUCACGCCGCAGCUCGUGUCGCUCAACACCGCGCACGCCGUGGACCGCGUCGUGGACGUGGCAC